AUGAGAAUUUUGUGUAGAAAUUUACUAAUGUCGUCGAAAACCUUUAUAUCGCCAAUUAAAAAAUCUCAAAACAACAUUAUUCAACGAAUGAUAAAUAAAUCUGCUUUAUGUUCGAAUUGUAUACAAAUUGCGAAUAGUAAAACGGAAGAGAGUAAAAAAAAAAAGAAAAAUAAUAUUAACGAUUACAUGAACAGUAUCAAUCCAAAAUCUAUAAACAAAAUUAUACAAAAUUAUUUAUCGUUACGUACGAGAGGAAAUUUAUAUCUAAUUAAUGCUGAAAUAGCCAAGCAAUUUGUUGAUUUUAUUAUAGACGAUUUAUUAAAGAAUGCAACUCAUGUAAUCGAAUUGAAUCCAGGUCUCGGUUAUUUGACAAAAGAACUAUUGAAAGCUGGUGUACCAUUUGUACAUAUGUAUGAAAAUGAAUCUGCUUUUAAUACUAUACUAGAGAAAUUGUGUCAGCAAUUUCCAAAACAGUUGUCUAAAAAAAAUGCGAAUCUUUUCGAUAUAGCGAAAAUGAUGUAUUCAGCCAGCUUUACCACUGGUGCAACAUCUUAUGUAUUUAAAUUAUUUGACAAUGUACAGAGGAAACAAUGGGAAGACACAAGUUGUAUGCAACUAGUUGGAAUAACAGACAAACGCGAAUUUAUAACUCACUUGAUAUUAAGCACAGUAUUUCAAACAUGCCUUAUGGCAUUUGGACGAACAAUUUUGUAUCUUGCAAUGAAACCAUCCGUAUGGAAAAAAUUUACAUGUUCAAGUUCAAGUAGGAUGACAUCUGCUUACGUUAUGUUUCAAAUAAUAUUUGAUUAUCAAAUGUUUGGAACAUUGGAUAGAAAAGCAUUCGUGCCAUGGAAAAGAAAGAUGGGCUUCCAAAAUAACGACAAGCAUAAAUUUUAUGAAGAAGACAGUAACUUUCUUUAUGUUGUUAAAUUAGAACCAAAGCCUGAUCUUUUAAAAACUCUUGGUGGAAAACAAGAUUUGAUAUACUUCUGGCAUUUUACUCGACGAAAUUUAUAUAAACUAAACAAUAGAGUGAUACCUACAUUAGAAAAAAUAAUACCAGGCUGUGGUUUGAGAUUAAUAGAAAAGAAUUUUAAUAUUUUUACUCAGUUUGAUGAUCUGACCCCACAUCAAAUUCUUGACCUCUUUCUAGAAUUUCGGUCGUGGCCGGAAUUCAAAGAAAGUAUAUUUGUAUUAGGUGCAACUGAUUCGCAAACAAUGUAUAAUACAGAUAUAUAUAAAUGAUAUAAUUUGCUGCUCGUAUAAUAUUUAUGUUCAUAUUUAUUAUAAUAUACUAAAAUAAAUUUUUCUACGAAA